GAGCCGCUGCCUGCCCUCGGCCGGGCGGGGGGCCGGGGGUGCAUGGCCGCCCACCGCCUGCUCCGCAGCACCAUGAAGCAGAUCUGCCUCUGUGCCGCAUCCUCCUUCUCGAGCCAGGACUGGACCAAGAAUGAUGAGAAGCUCCUGCAAGCUGUGGACUACAACGAUGCCGGGAAGGUGACGUCCCUCCUCGUCCGCAAGGGCCUGGUCCCCACCAAGCUGGACUCAGAGGGCAAAUCCGCGUUCCACCUGGCUGCCAUGCGGGGGAACGUGGACUGCCUCGAGGCCAUGCUGGCCCACGGUGUGGAUGCCAUGACCAAGGAUAGCUCAGGUCACACUGCCCUGCAUCUGGCAUCCAAGCAUGGCCACCCGCAGUGUGUCAGCAAGCUCCUGCAGGCCUCCUGCCCUGUGGACGUGGCUGAUGGCAGUGGUCGGACAGCGCUGCACCACGCAGCGUUCAGUGGCUGCAUCUCCUGCUCCGAGAUCCUCUGUGAUUUCAAGGCUCCCUUGAACAUCAAGGACAAGGAUGGCUCCACGCCGCUGAUCCUGGCAGCCAAGAUGAGCCACUCGGAGCUGUGCCGGUACCUGCUGCACCGCGGAGCUGCCGUCAACAGCCGGGACCUGCAGGGGAGGACAGCCUUGAUGCUGGCCUGUGAGAAUGGCAGCGUGGAGACCGUGGAGGUGCUGGUCAACGCUGGUGCCCGGGUAGCUGUGGUGGACUCCACAGGUCACGAUGCUGCUCACUACAGCCUGGCCACAGGCAAUGCCCUCAUCCAGCACUUCCUGCAGGAGGCUGCUCAGCGCCGGUCCUGGGCCAGUGAGGAGGAGUCAGCUGAGCAGAUGUCCCAGACAUCUUCACCCAGUCAGUCAUCUGUGAGGGAGAAGAGCAGCACCCCAAGGAAGAGGAAAGCCCCUCUGCCCCCCCUGGGUACCCCCAGCCAGGAGGACAGGGAUGCCUAUGAGGAGAUCGUGCGGCUGCGGCAGGAGAGGGCCCAGUUCCUGCAGAAGAUCCGGGGCCUGGAGCAGCAGGAGAAGCAGAGACGGGAGCGGGCAGAGCUGGAUGAGAGCUCCCUGCGCUCCAUGGAGAAGCAGAUCCAGGAGCUGGAGCAGCGGCUGGCAGCGAGGGAUGGGGAGAAGGAGCGGCUGGGCAAGGAGGUGGAGGCUCUGCAGAGCCGCUUGUCCUCACUGGAGAAUGAGAAGGAGAACACAAGCUACGACAUCGAGACGCUGCAGGACGAGGAGGGAGACCCGCUUGAGUUCCCAGGGGCAGAGCUGCUGCUCUCCAAGAAGACACUGAGCCCCUCGGCCGAGGAGCUGCUGGCCACGCUGCAGGGACAGGUCCAGUCCCUCACUGUGCAGAACAAGGAGCUUAGGGAGAAAAUACAGGUGCUGGAGAACUACGAGCGGGAUGAGAGCGACACAUCCACACCGGGGGACUUUGUGCCCAUCAGCCAAUACAAGGCCCUGCAGCAGGAGCUGGAGCGGGUGCGGGCACAGUGCGGGGGCUUGUCUGCCAGGGAUGAAGCCGGUGGGCAGCCCGAGGGGCAGCCCAGAGCCCCAGAGCAGGUCAUGGAAGGGAGCACAGCAGCACCGCAGCCGGCCAAGGAGCCAGCCGGGACCUGUGGCAAGUGCCAGGCAGCACUGGGUGACCCACAGCCCUCCUCUUCCUCUGUGGCUGGUGCUGAGCUGGCAGAGGCCCGGGCAGCCCUGCGGCAGGCGCAGGCAGCGCUGGAGGAGCGGGAGCAGCAGGUGAAGGAGCUGCAGGCGCGUCUGGAGGCUGGCAAGGAGGCUGCAGAGGUGAUGGCCUCCCUGGAGGAGGCAUCGAGGGAGAAGGAGGCUCUGCUGGAGCGCUGCCGGCGUGCCGAGGCCGAGGCCGAGGCCCUGCGGCAGGAGCUGGAGGCCAAGGCGCGGGCCUGGCGUGCAGCGGGCGGCCCUGAACCGGGUGCGGUGGAGCCGGCGCGGGAGCACCAGGAGGUGACAGCAGAGCUGGCACGGCUGCGGGAGACGCUGGCGCAGCAGGACGCGGAGCUGGGCUCGCUGCGGGAGCAGCUGUCAGCGCGGCCCGUGGGGCGUCGGGAGCACGAGGAGGCUCUGGCGCGGCUGCGGCGCGCUCACGAGGGGGGCUGCGUGCCGCGGGACGAGCACGCGCGCGUCACCGCUGCGCUGGAGGAGCAGGCGCAGGCGCUGCGGGAGCGCUCGGCACGGAUGGAGGCAGCCGUCGAGGCCAAGGGGCGCGAGGCCGCGAGGCUGGAGGCAGAGCUGGCGGGUGCGGUGCCGCGCGGGCAGCACGAGGCGGCGCAGGCUGCGCUGCGGGCCGAGGCCGCGGCGCUGGAGCGGCGGCUGGAGGAGCUGAACCGGCGGCACCAGAAGACGUGUGAGGAGGUGUUCCGGGUGCAGCGGCAGGCGCUGUUCAUGAAGAGCGAGCGGCAGGCGGCCGAGGAGCAACUGAGCACUGCGAAGAAGGAGCUGGCACAGGCGCAGGAGGAGGCGAGGAAGCUGCGGGAGCUCCAUGGUCAGGCUGAGGACUCGGUCCGGCUGGUCAGGGACAGGGAUAGGAAGAUCACGGAGCUCUCAAAGGAGGUCUUCAGACUGAAGGAAGCCCUCAAGGUCCUCCCCGAGUCCCAGGGAGCACCACAGUCACCCCCCGAUGCUGCUGCCCUCCAGGCCAGGAUCCGUGUGCUGGAGCAGAAGCUGCUGGAGACAGAAACACGACACAGCAAAGUGGUGACGUUGUACAGGAGCCACCUGCUCUAUGCUGUGCAGGGCCACAUGGACGAGGACGUGCAGAGACUCCUGUGCCAGAUCCUGCGGAUGCAGCGGCUGCAGGAGCAGGACAGAUGAGCUGCUGAGGGGAUGCUGGCACAGCAGUGGCAUGGACAGGCUCAUGGCAGCACCCUCUGUGCCCCUAACCCUAACCCCUCCUCAGCCCUGGGGCCUUGUGCACCCCCUGCAGCCCCACAGCAAUAAAGUAUACUCACACCGA